AUGAACGGACAACCAGAGACCUGGUCGCCUAGCUCCUGGAGGGACAAGCCAGCGGCUCAGGACGUGGUUUAUCCUGACAGGGAGAAGCUUGACAAAGUACUCAACAAGAUCCGAACGCUGCCCCCCCUAGUCACUCCCUCCGAAAUCGAGAGACUUCGCCACCACCUAAGUCAAGUUCAGCGGAACGAAGCCUUCCUUCUACAUGCUGGAGACUGCGCAGAGAGCUUCGACGCAUGCACACAUGAAAACAUCUCCGCCAAAAUUGGUCUCAUUCUGUCGUUCUCCCUCAUCCUCAUCUGGGGCGCCCGCAAGCCCGUUGUACGCAUAGGCCGCAUCGCUGGCCAGUACGCGAAGCCGCGAAGUAGCGCUACGGAGAAGAUCGGAGACCGCGAGGUGACGAGUUUCCGAGGGGACAAUGUCAAUGGACUGGACCCGAACGACCGAACGCCGGACCCCGAGCGUCUUCUGAGCGCGUACUUCCACUCGACCGCGACUCUCAACUACGUGCGCGGCUUGCUUACAUCUGGCUUCGCAUCUCUGCACCACCCGCGGGACUGGUCGCUCUCGCACGUGCGCUCGCCCGCCCUCCGGGAGGAAUUCCAGCGCAUCACCGAAGGCCUGUCAGAUGCGCUCGACUUCACGCGUACGAUCGGGUUCGGCGCCGACGGGGGCGACCGCGCCUCGUACGAGCAGGGCGGCGGACGGGGCGUGCUCGGCGAGGCCGACUUCUACACAAGCCACGAGGGGCUGAUGCUCGACUUCGAGGAGGCGAUGACGCGCGCGUUCCCUGUGCCCUCGUCCAUCGCCUCCACGUCGCGCUCCGCCAUCACGAACGCGUCGCGCUCGCCGUCCGCGGAGGCGGAGGGCCAGGGCGAGCGCCCGCGGAAGGUGCACUACAAUACGUCGGCGCACUUCUUGUGGAUUGGCGAUCGGACGAGGCAGUUGACGGGCGCGCAUGUGGAAUAUUUCCGAGGGGUGAGGAACCCGAUUGGGGUCAAGGUCGGGCCUACGAUGCAGGCUGAGGAGAUCGUCCGGCUGCUGGACAUCGUGAACCCAGACAAGGAGUCAGGAAAGGUGACCUUGAUCACGCGCUACGGCGCCGGCAAAGUCGAGCAGCACCUCGCCUCGCACAUCACCGUUGUACAAGCAUCCGGGCACCCCGUCGCCUGGAUCUGCGACCCGAUGCACGGCAACACACUCACGGCCUCAACGGGGCUCAAGACGCGGCACUUCGGGACGAUCAUCUCCGAGCUCACCGCAUGCCUCCGCAUACACGCGGAGUGCGGUUCGGUCCUCAACGGCGUCAGCCUCGAGUUUACGGGCGAGCUGAGCGAGGAUGGGUUCAGCGUAACCGAAUGCCUGGGCGGCAGUAUGGAGCUUGCGGAGGACGAGCUCGGGCUGCGGUACCAGUCGUUCUGCGACCCGAGGUUGAACUUCGAGCAGUCAUUGGACGUCGCGUUCUUGCUCUCGAACCACUUCAAGAAAGCACGCGGACGUGCAGCCGGCAAGCGCGCAGAAGGCGAUGUUCUGUACUCCGAGCUUGGCGGCAAAAAGACAGUGUAA